GGGAAAGAAAGAAAAUAAACAAACACAGGUCAUCUUCUUCUCCUCUCGCAACCGUCGUCCCCAACUCGGUCUCGUUCUCCGGCGAUCACAUACUACGAGCGGCGAACCUCCGACAAGCAGACGGAAACGACCCACGCCGGUUUUUCUUAUCCGAUGACCCGUUACUUGCUUGCGAGUUUAGACCCACAACUUUGUGCCUGAGAUUGGCGGCGUUUUUGCACAUGCAGUCUUCUCCGUCUCCGGCGACUCUACGAACCCACGUCGACGUCGACAAUUACGUUCCUCAUGCGAUUGAUGCGAGCAGACACCCAUGCCAACACCUUUUCUUUGAGUAGGUUUUUUUUGUGCAUAGCGAUGCACGCACGCCAUAUGUUCGAUGAAAGGUCGCUGAGAAGAUGCGUCUCGUUGCUGAAGUUAAAAUGGGAUAGCUUCGUUGUGCAACCCAUCUGUACGCAGCAUUGCUUUUGUUCUCUUCAUUCCACCAUAAACAACGGAACUUCUGUGUUAAAACUCUGUGAAGUGAUUUCAUUGACGAUCGGUGGGUUAAAUGAAUUGGAAUCCAGUUUGAACAAAUGUACAAUACCAUUGACAUCUUCACUCGUUACCCAGGUUAUUGAUUCUUUUAAAAACGAAGUUCACACUAGAAGAUUGCUAAGGUUUUUCUUGUGGUCCCUCAAGAAGUUAAACCACGAUUUAGAAGAUGAAGCUUUCAAUUAUGCCAUCCGCUUCUUUGCUCAGAAGAAGGACUACACGGCCAUUGAUAUUUUACUUUCUAAUCUUAAGAAAGCCAACCGCGCAAUGGACGGCCAGACCUUCGGUUUUGUGGCUGAGGCUUUAGUCAAAAUGGAUAGAGAAGAUGAAGCAUUGGGUCUGUUCAAGAACUUGGAUAAAUACAAAUGCCCACAUGACCAAUUUACUGUCACUGCUAUUAUUACUGCUCUUUGUGCAAAAGGGCAUGCUAAAAGAGCAGAAGGGGUUGUCUUGCACCACAAGGACAAGAUUUCUAGCACAAUGAGUUGCAUCUAUAGAAGUCUUCUAUAUGGAUGGUCUAUUAAGAAGAACACAAAAGAAGCAAGAAGAAUACUCAAAGAAAUGAAGUCAGAUGGAACCAUGCCAGAUUUGUUCUGCUACAACACAUUCCUCAAAUGCCUUUGUGAGCAGAAUCUUGCGAAAAAUCCUUCAGGUCUUGUGCCUGAAGCCUUGAAUGUGAUGAUGGAAAUGAGAUCCUACAGAAUUGCUCCUAACUCAAUCAGUUAUAAUAUAUUGUUGUCUUGUCUUGGCAGAACUAGGAGAGUGAAGGAAUCAUGUACAAUCCUCAAGACAAUGAAACGAUCUGGUUGUCAACCCAAUUGCGUAAGCUAUUAUCUCGUGGCAAGAGUGUUGUUCUUGACUGGAAGAUUUGGGAAAGGGCGCGGAAUUGUGGAUGAGAUGAUUGAAGAGGGGCUGAUCCCGGAUCGAAAAUUCUACUACGAUUUGAUUGGUGUUCUGUGUGGUGUUGAGAGAACAAAUUAUGCACUUGAGCUUUUUGAGAAAAUGAAGAGAAGCUCAUUGGGGGGUUAUGGGCCAGUUUAUGAUGUGCUUAUACCAAAGCUUUGUAGAGGAGGAGAUUUUGAAAAGGGCAGGCAACUGUGGGAGGAAGCCAUGGCUAUGGGUGUUGUGCUUAGCUGCUCAAGUGAGGUUUUGGAUCCUUCAAUCACAAAGGUUUUCAAGCCAACAAGAAAGAUUGAGAAUAAAAUUCUUGAAGAAUGCAAUAGAGCUGAGAAGCAGAACAAGGCUGCAACUGAGAAACCAAAAGAAAAGAGAAAGAAAAGUAAGAAUCUGUCCUGGAAAUAACUUCUUGAAUUUCUAACUUUGUCAAAUUAAAUCAUUUCAUAGGCCUCCUUGUUCAAGAUUUAUAUAGUAAUUGAAUGAUACCAUGAGAUAUUUCUAUACGUGACAUACUCUUUUAAGCAAAUCAGUUCAAGGCCUAAACGAUUUUGAAUGGACAUUUGGAAGGUUUUCAUUCUAAGAUUUUGAGCCUCCACAGGUCGAAAAUAAAUCAUUUCACUUUGGUGAUUGAGUGAAUUUUGAGUUCAACAAUUUAUGGGCAGAGGAUUUGAAACUUUGACAGAUCCAAAGUAUACACUUCAUGCUAGUCGUGAUCCUUCAUUUGUUGACUUUAAAUUUGUUUUGUUUGAGAUAUAAAAUACAGAUUGAGUUAGACUUUUUUUAUUUCCCUUCUUCUAACCAUUAUGUAAAUGAAUAGACUUUUUUUAUUUCCCUUCUUCUAACCAUUAUGUAAAUGAAUGGUUGAACCAUCCACUUUCCUAAUGAUAAUUUUGUUCCAUAUCCAUUGAAUAAAGAUCGAGUAGUUUUAAUUACACAAGACUUUGUUAAUAGGUUUUAUACUAGGUUCAAAUGUAAAAAAAGGCCAAAAUUUUCUAAUAUGAUUAUACUAUGAACAAUGGCAUAUCCAAAACUUCAGGCUAGGGGGCACAAUUUCAUACAAAAUUAGAAACUUAGCCCAUGAAACUCUAAAUUGAUGUCUAUAUAUGAUCCCUAAAGGAAAAAUUUCACAAAAUGACCCAAAAAAAAAAAAUAAAAAUACCAAUGAGUUCUUUCUAAAAAAUUUUCUAUCACUGACCUUUUGUUCAUGCGAUAUUCCAAAGUUACCCCCAAUUUUAAAAAGCUUUCAGACCGUUUGGUAUCCGCGCGCCUCUACGAAUACUUUAUAACGAUAAGUCUCUUCGUUUCCUUCAUUUACUUCUCAAAGCAUUUCUCUUCCAAGAUUUUUCUCUCGAAUUUACUUAUGUUUUCUUCUGAACUUCAAUCGAGCACUCGUCGUAGGUUUCUCACCGGUCGUCUCUACGAACUUGCCACCGUCGUCGUGAUUUGAAAGUGUACACGCCAGUCAGAUUGGUAAGAUGGACGUCCCUGCUAAGAAAUAUUUCCCUGCUACAGUCUCUUUCCAAGUCCACAAAACUGCCUCUGUGAUUAAGAAUAAGUUGACAGAAGGACAGAUGAGAUUGUAUAGGAAAACUAUCUUUGGUCUACUGUUGGAUGUAGAUCUUGUUUUUAAUGAACAACUUUUGCACAACUUUCUGUUAAGGGAGGUAGCGGAUGCAAACCUAGACAUUAUAUCGUUCAACAUUCUAGGGAAGAAGGUAACAUUCUCCCAAGACGAUUUUAACCUGAUAGCUGGGUUGUGGCCGACUAGGGAAUAGUAGAAAGAGAAACAAGCGAUGAAAGGCUGCGAGAAUUCAUUCUUGGACCAAAGGACUCAAAUGAAAAGGAUAGUUCUUACAAGCAUGUGGAGAUCGCAUUCGAGAAGUUCAAUUUUACUAAUGACGAACUAUCAAGGUUGCAUUAGCACUAUUCAUCAAAACGGUGAUGAUUGGAAAAGACAAAAAAACCCAAUUCGAUGUGAAUAUAUUUGGGAUUGUCGAUGACCUUGAAGUCUUUGUACAUUACAAUUGGUUUUUUUCUCUUCUAUAAACGUAGAUUGAAUAACAUGAAGACUAUCAUGCGCGGAAGAAGGAGACAUAUGAUUCAAAGAAAGCAAAAAAUGAUCAUCGUGCCUCAUAUUACUGUGUAAAGGGAUUCACACUUGCAUUCAGGGUUUGGGCUUACGAAAUUUUGUCCAAAUUAAUUAAGUUCAUAACCACCAAAUCAGCAAGGUUGCAAUUCCUAGAAUUCUUAGAUGGACUUGUUCUCGUGCUCCAUCUACCAAUCAUUGAGAAAUAUAUUUUCCAGCCAAAAAAAGCUAGUAUUCUGUCGAGACUUGUACCUAGCAUAAAGGAGAUAAAGUACAAGGAGAACCGACUGGAAGGACUUAAUGUGGUUCAUGUUGUUGGAGAAAGAAGAAUCGAAGGGGUUGAACACUCUAUCGAUACUCACGAGUCCUUUAGGGGGCACGAAGAGCAUGAACCCCAUGUAGAUCAAUUUGUAAUAUGCAACAUAUAGAGCCGGAACCAUGUAUGUCGGUUCAGACUAACCUCUGAAGAGCAAGAGGUAGCAGGUGUCCUCAAGAUAUCAUCAUUCCAAAUCCUACAAAGUCUUUAGGGAGAAAAUUAAAGAAGUUCGCAAAGAUUUGGCGAACUUGACUACCAUGGUUCGUUAGAUGAGAGAUACAUUUAUUGUCCAACAUCAUCUGAUGGGCCAACAACUGAACGAAAUAAAGAUGAUAGUCCAUCUUUUGAAUGAGAUAUGUAG